AUGAACCCGCUGACUCUGGUUACACUUCUAAUCGGCUGGAAAACAAUAUUCGCGCUGAAAUGUCAUCAGUGCAAUGGUUGGCUUGGAAGUUAUCCGUUGAGGUUUACCCAAGCAAGCACUUGUGAAAAUCGGAACAAUCAGUGUGAGACCAAUCAAUACUGUGUGAGAAUUCUGGAUACUAUGACUCCUGGCGUUGAAUAUGUGACCUUCAAAAGUGAUUGUUUCUAUCAAACAACUCUACAAGUAAACCCAACAAACUUGUCCUAUGUACAAGGUAGAACAUGCUUUCCUUUCCAGGAUGGUUCAGCUCCAGUGAAAAGGUGGUUCUACUGCUUCUGUAACGACAGGGAUUACUGUAAUUCUUCUGGAACAAUGACGAUUCUCCUCAUUCCAGUGAUAUCGUUACUGAAAUAUUUUUGGAUUUGA